CGGACUUUACCUGAUUUCCUGAAACGAGGAAACUGCGAGAGGAGAGGAGAGAACUGGAAAGCCACCAAGCCAAAAUGGAGUGUGCCGGUAAGGGACGCGGAACUCGGUGCGUUGGCCCGCCUACAAGACGCUGUGGUAGCUGUGGUGCUGUUGCAUAUUGCUCCAUCUCUCACCAGAUUUCGCAUUGGAGUGACCAUAAAGAAGAGUGUGAAAGGCUAGAGCAACAAAUGAAUCGUACAGAUGAUUUGUAUGAUUUCCCUUUCACUUUCACUCAAGAAGCUACACUUGAGGUUUUUGAAAAGCGGGAGAGUAGGUGUUCGUUUUUGAGCAAAAGAGGCAUUCAUCGAUUGGGGAUGUGGAUGUGCGAAUGCCAUUGUUGGGUAUCAUCUGUUUCUUUUGAUUGCUUAAGGUCAGAGGAUGAAGGAUGGAAUCUCUCCAGUCAUCUAUGCCCAUGUCGUGCGCCUGCAGCUCCAAUGCCGAAACAUUUAAGUAGCUGGAUGGAUUACUAUGAGUGGAGAUGCAUCCCACUACAUUCACCAGUUGCUUUUCUUCUUCAUUGGCCACUUACAAUUUACCAUGCUGCCCAAGUUUCUUCUGCAAGAAGCUUGAAUGUUGAAAGCUGUAAUGAAUUAUGCAUACACUAUCUUGGGCCAGAAAAGGAGCUUCUACAGCUAGCUGCCUUUGGAGAGUUGCAUGCACUUUUCCCUGGCAUGAAGGUGCAUAUAGAACUGAUUGGACCUGCAAUUCCAAAAGAAAGGGAUGGUCAGAAGAUUGGUAUUCGCAGUUAUGCUCAUUGCUUGGAAACAGAUUGCAUUUGCAGGUCCUCAAUGCAAACUAUGGACAGUAGUUCAAUUACUGAUAAACCAUCAAAAGUGACUCUACAAUUUCGGAGAGGAUUUUACCAUGAACGUUACAGGGAUUUAGUGGAGGAUUCAUUUCCUCACUUGGUCGUUGCCCCAAAUGCUGGCAUCGCUGCUUACCCGAGUUGGUUACCUACUGUUGAGCUGAUAAAUAAGAAAGGUGUCCCAGCAGUAUUUUCUGAUUAUUGUGAGGAAGCUUGUCAUCUAGCAGCUUGCUGCAUAACCAGUGUAACUGGUCGUCCUCUCACCCUUCCGGUUCAAAUAAAUCCUUUCAGACAGCCGGUGGUGGUAGAAGAAAGCACUCUGCUUCUCCCCUGCUAUUCAAAUUGCUUUCUGUUUGGGAUGUAAAGUGGCCAGCUUAACAGGAUAAGAAUUGCUUUAUUUCUUGUUAUGAAUUAAAGGCCAUGGCUGUAUAAUCAGACCAGAUAACGUGGAUUCAUUCAGGAAUUUUUUUUUUUUCCAGUGGCUGCUUCAAGCACAUUGCUUGAAUCGGCAACAGUAGGACACUGGCAAUCGGGAAAUGUUUAGCACUGGAGCAAGUUAGCAUUCUCCAGCGGGGGAUCAUGAAGGCUUGGUAAACAUCUCUGAGUGUGUCCUUGUAUGCUAUGGAUUACAGUUGCAGCUGUUGAUUGUGGGUUUCAUGCAAUUCAAGCAAGAUUAAGAAGGCUUUCUACCAGGGUAAUUUACAUUAUCAACAGUGCUUUCUGUUCUGUCCAAGCAAUUCAUAUUAGUAGGCUUUCAGAUGUGUCUGGUGAGUUUGGAGAGAGAUGGUUUGCGAAGCAGUUUCCAAGGAAAUCAAAAUGCAAGUUUAUGACAUUACCUCCUUUUUGAGUAACUAUGCAACAGCAGCCAAGUGUUUUGCAGCCAGAGCUGUUAGUUGAGCAACAAUAUGUAGAAUUUUAUCUUUAAAGCUUUGACGUCAAUUGCAGUACACCCUUUAUAUGGAUGAGCUGGAAGAUGGAAGGAAGUAGACAGUUGAACCUUGCAAAAUAGGUAUGUGGAGGGGGUGAGCUUGGCUCGAGCAUUCAAUUCCUAUAUUUGGUGCUGUAAUGGAAGUGAAAAUGCAAAGAAAUGGUAGGCUAAAGAUCCACAUGGAGGUUAAAACUGAAUCUUCCAUGGCUGCUUUGAUUAAACUGAAUCUUGUUUUUGCAGUGUUGAGUUGAGAGGGAAGAGAAAAACAAGAAAAGUCAAGUCAAAUGAGGAAUAUCCAAAUAUGUGGUUUAGUGAUAUAAAACGGGGAAAAUAGGUUCUAAAGAUCUUUCUUCAUUAAUAUGGAGGUGGAAAUUGGGUUGAGCGUGCAGUGACCCAUUGGAGUAUUCACCUUCUAGUCGGCAGUUUGUAUUUUUCAGGAUUAUGUACUUGUUUCACACUUGGACAUACCAAUUAAUUCUUUAGUUUAUAUACAUUUCGUAAAAAUUUUGAGAAAGGUGAUCAAUUGCACAAAUUAUUUUACAUUUGUGUAUA